CUUCACAGGCACAUUCAGGAGAGCCAUAAGAUUAAUAUUACAUCUUGUAAAAAGGGGCAUAAUAGGUGCCCUGUAAGAAUCAUUUUAAUAAAUUCAACUAUUAUUUUCCCCUGUGGACUAUGUAAACAUCCUUUAUGUGAAAUACCUUUUUCAGGUCAGUACUAAAAAACAACAACACGCAUUUUGUAUGAUCCCUCUUAUUUUGGUAAAAUAAUUAACAUUUUGCACAUUCUGAUCUCAUAUGGACUGGUAUUUUAGCUGGAAGCAAUGGUUUUAAGUAUAAAACAUCUAAAAGCUUUUCGCUUUACAAGACAUUAAUUGAUGAACUGGAGUGGUGUGGAUUACUUGUGGAUUACAAAGAUGUUUUUAUCAGCUGCAUGGACUCUCUGACGGCACCCGUUCACUGCAGAGGAUCCACUGCUGAGAAAGUGAUGCAAUGCUACAUUUCUCCAAACGCAUCUACAUCCUGGAUGGUCCGAGGACGUCGGAGGCUAUUUUAACCAGAAAUCGCGUCAGCAGCUGAUUCACUCUUCUUUGAGGUGAUGUACCAUCGCUGGCCAAUAGCCACGUCCACAUCCGCGAGCCCAGAGCGCAGCGGCACCAAAGUUUGUGCGUAAAGAAGGCGGCGCGCGCGGGGCGCCAUGACUCACUCACUGUCACCUCCUCUGAGAAAUACUGGUGUCCCGAGGACCCUUCCGCUCAAGUAUGCGUGUGGAAACACAGAACUGCACUUGACUCGCUAAACUUGAGCUCUGCUGUUUCCACAGCGAUGACAGGACAGAUUCAAGCGAUGAACCGGAGACGCGCUGCGCGUCCAUCUACCCAAACACCUCCGGAUCGAGUUCUUGCGUUCACUGACACGCUGCUGAGGGUUCAUCAGUCUUCAAACCAAACCAGCAUGGCGGCUUCCCGACCAAAUCUCUCCUGAUUGAAGCCGCUCGCCUAAAAUUUGAGUGACGCACUGAGAACUGCUCUUCAGCCAAAAAUAUCUCCUCAGCGUACGCCAAAGUGCUUUUAGCUUUGUCCUUGUUAUCCGCUUUGCAACCUCAGUGACAUCAGCCAACGCCACGCGGACUUUCAAUGCGAAUCCGGUUCUGGAGUGACCCUCGGCACCACGUGAACUGCUUCCAAGUGCUGCAGAUGUGCACAAAAAGAACAUCAAGAAUGUGCAAAGAGAGAUGCAGAUUUGUAGAACGCUUCGACAACUUUGCACUGAUGCAUAUCUAAGACGGAUCGCUCAUGCAUCAAACCUAAUGCCUGGAAACUACAGACAAACCUCUUUUGUACCUUAAUAGAUCACACAGAUUGCAACAACGGUGAUUGUGCCAUUCUCAUUGUUCUGUAUGAUGUUGCAGCUGCACAUGGUUAUGAACAUGUCAAAACAACCCUUGAAUUUAUGACUUUAUGACAAAAGAAUCUGACAUUCUCUGCAGUAUAAUAUGUUUAGUUCCUCUUGUUUAUUCCUUCACCCACAGCUAUUUUCCACGAACAUACAUCAUUAAAAGCCCAUCUAGGAGAAAGGAGAAAUGAGACACAACAGGUUAAAUUUCAUCACGUUCCCUCACUGUAAUGUUGGAAAUGGCCAAAUGUUCUUGUACUGCGGCCAAUGCAGUAGUGACUUUUUCAGCGUUUUCUUGGAGGGGAUCCAAUAUUAAGGUGCAAAGCGAAUUUACGCCGUUGCUGGAUGCCCAAAAUCAGACUUUAUUAAAUGCCUGGACGUCUUGAACAAAUGAUCCCCCUCAAAGACAACAUGACCCUGGAGUCGUUCCCUGAAAACUGUAGCAACUGCAGCCAGGUUCUCAACCCCGAGCUGAACGUCAUGAAGGCCGUUGUUCUAGGAAUGGUGUUGGCCAUCUUCAUCAUUUUUGGCGUUCUGGGCAACAUCCUUGUUAUCCUUUCAGUGGCUUGCCAUCGUAAUCUUCACACAGUUACGCAUUACUUCAUUGUGAACUUAGCAGUCGCGGAUCUUCUGCUGAGCUCUACGGUUCUUCCGUUUUCUACCGUAUUUGAGAUGUUGGGUCGUUGGAUCUUCGGACGGCCAUUCUGUGAUGUUUGGGCGGCAAUGGACGUCUUGUGCUGUACGGCGUCCAUUAUGAGCUUGUGCGUGAUUUCGGUGGACCGAUAUAUUGGCGUUAGCUAUCCUCUGCAGUACCCAUCUAUUGUAACAGAGCGGCGAGCGUUGCUCACACUUGUUGUUUUGUGGGCUCUGUCCAUUACCAUCUCAAUCGGGCCUCUUUUUGGAUGGAAGGAACCAGCGCCGAUGGACGAAUCCAUAUGCAAGAUAACCGAGGAACCCGGUUAUGCCAUUUUCUCCGCAUUAGGCUCCUUCUACCUCCCUCUAGUGGUGAUUCUGUCGAUGUAUUGCCGGGUGUACGUGGUCGCGAGGAGGGAGACCCGAGGACUGAUUAGCGGACAGAAAACGGAAAAGUCCGAUCACACCGCCGAGGCGGUUACUUUGCGGAUACAUCGCGGGAACACGGCGGUGUCUGAGGACGAGGCCUUGCGCAACCGGACACACUUCGCACUGCGUCUGCUCAAGUUCUCCCGGGAGAAAAAGGCCGCUAAGACACUGGGAAUCGUGGUUGGAUGCUUCGUCCUUUGUUGGCUUCCGUUUUUCCUGGUUCUUCCGAUCGGUUCCAUCUUCCCAACGUACAGACCCUCGGACACGGUCUUCAAGAUCACGUUUUGGCUGGGCUAUUUCAACAGCUGCAUCAACCCCAUCAUCUACCCCUGCUCCAGUCAGGAGUUUAAGAAAGCCUUCCUGAGCGUGUUGGGCGCCCGCUGCCUCCGCAAGAGAUCCACGCCUUCCCACGCGCUCUACCAGAGCCACAGUCCGCGGCACGGCCAGUCUCAAAUCCUCGGCCUAUCGAGCCGCGAAAACCCGUCCCGCCUGAGCCCGUCCUCUUCCAUCGCUCUGUCCCGCAGCCCGUCCUCCCGGGACGGCCGGGAAUGGCAGGCCCCUUCCCGGACAUCGUCGGCGGGGACUACCGGGGUCAGCGCGGGGGUGAGCGUGGGAGCCAAAGUGGCGGGAAUGUGCGGUAAGAACCUGCUGAGGACAUGCUGCUGCGUGAGAAUGGAUUCGCCGCAGCCCGAGCCGCCCGCACACAACUCGCUUCCCGUCAUCAAAAUCCAUCAGCUCUCGCUGUGUGAGGACGGUGAUGCGGUGUGAAUGAGCACGCUGGGGAAAUCACUCGACUCACGCUGGCUGUGAUGCCACUUUGCCACUUGACAGAGCCUCACAACGCAAACUGAUGAAGAAAACCGAGUUUUUGAUUGAAACCAUCAGUGAUGGGAACAUUGAGAGCUGCUUCGACACGGUUGAUGCUUAAUGCAGGCACAGUUCAGCUUUACAUGAAAACUGUCUUUAUUUACUCACUCUCAUGUCUUUCCAAACCUGUGGAACGACAGUCAGUGAACUGAAAUGCAAAUAAGAUUUUGCAGCUUCAACAGAGGGAAGUGCAUUAACUUUAACCCCGCAAAGCCUGAGACAGGAAAUAAUAGUCUGAAAAUUUUCUUUUUUUUUUAAUGGAGCAGGUUGAACCUUUAAACAAAGUAACGACGCAAGACUUACCAUUUUCACAUUCAACGCCAUGUUGUUUUAAAUAGCAAAUGCAUUUGUGCCCAUCUGUUUACCCAUGGGUGUGCUGGUCUGAAAACAAGGUAUGUUCAGGUGCAUUGGUGGUGCGUUACAGCUGACCAACUAAAACCUGUUCAGUGGUGCAGUUUUUUUUUAAUUUAUUUAAAGGGUGCGUUAGUAAUAUGUGACCGUGGACCACAGAACCAGUCAUAAGUGUCAGUUUUUUAAAAUUGAGAUUUAUACAUUGUCUGAAAGCUAAAUAAUAAGCUUUCCAUUGAUCUAUGGUUUGUUAGGAUAGGAGAGUAUUUGGCUGAGAUACAACUAUUUUGAAAAUUAAUUAAAACUAUUUGGAAUCUGAGGGUGCAAAAAAAAAAAAAAAAAUCAAAA